AUGUGUACUUCUUAUCUGGUCUUUUGGUUUCAUGUACCCCUACUUGGAACUUCCCUGAAAGCUGUUGAACCUCCAGAGGACUCUCCCAUACAAAAAGAUGACGUACUACGAGAACUUGGCCGAUGUCUCGAUGCGCAGUUUCUCGACCUGAGGAUAGCCAUGUUAGGGAUUUCAAGUGAGAAAGAAAGGAACCUUCUGGCAAAGUUCCAAUCGCUUAGCAGAUGGUCUCGUAUUUUCCUUCGGUGCCCAAAGUGUGGAGCGCCGUUACGGAUGCGCGUCAGCAAAGCAGCUGCUAAUUGUCCCACUUGUCCACAAAUCUACUACCCAACGUGCUCUCCUGUGGCGAUUACUCUUGUAUCUGAUCCUACCGACUCCUACGCACUACUCGUACGACAUAAACGCUCUCCUCCAGGCGUGUACACAGCUAUUGCCGGCUUUGCACAGCCGGGCGAAUCACUGGACGAGUGCGUUCGACGAGAAGUGGCCGAGGAAGUUGGAUUACCAGUUUCCAAAGUUAUCUCUCUCAAUCGAUCUCAACCGUGGCCGAUGCCCGACUCGUCUCUUAUGUGUGCACAUUAUGCUGUCAGUGAGAUGUCCUUUAAGAUUGAUGCUUGUCCAACUGAACUGGAAUCAGCUCGAUGGUUUUCGAGAGACCAAGUAGCUGUGGCACUCCAAAAAACAUUAGAUGAUCCCAUGCUGAAGGGUAUUCCCAAGGAUGUGAAUGAGCGGCAACAAUUAAUUUAUAUACCGCCACAGGGUGCCAUUGCUCACCAUAUUAUUAAAGCGUGGGUGGAACGACGUAUAUGCGUACAUGACAGCGAAACCAAUCUACACCAUGUUUUACCCUGA